AGUUAUUUUGCGAUUACGAAUUUAUUCCUACAACAUCGUGUUAAGCGUUGGCGGCGUGUGACUUCUGCUUCCUCUUGUUCUUUUUCGAUAUUUAGGCACAAGUAAACCCUUCCAAGAUGUCUUACGCUCCCAAAUCCAAGGUCCAGAAGGUUAUGGUGCUGCCCAUCAACUUAAUCUUCAGGUACCUUCAGUCAAGAGCGAGAGUCCAGGUGUGGCUGUAUGAGAACCAAAACCUGCGCAUUGAGGGCCACAUCAUCGGGUUCGACGAGUACAUGAAUGUGAUGCUGGACCAGGCCGAGGAGUUCCAGAUGAAGAAGGGAACCAGGAAGGCGAUAGGUCGCAUCCUCCUGAAAGGCGACAACAUAACACUAAUCCAGAACACACAACCUGAUGGCACCGACAUGUAGUUUAUACCGCCAAAGAUUUUUUUUUUACUUUACAAUCGUAGUUUAGAUAAUUAUAAGGAGUACGCUGAUUGUCUCUACUGAUUUUUCACCCAACGCCGCAAUGCAACUUCCAUAGUGAACUGGAACCAAAGUUUACCAGGAAUUUUAGGAUGAUCAUUUCCGAAACACUGAUCAAGGAAAUUUUGGAAUGUAUGUGUUUGUAAAAUUGGCCCAAUACUUUAUUAUUGAAAAAAUUAAACAAAAACACCAGAGUAAUACACUGAAAUACUCUGCUAUGGCUGAAUAAUCAUUUGAAUUUUAUAAUAAAACGUCAAAUUUG